UUGAGAAAUAUGGCGCCGAUAAACGAUCCGGCUAACGAUAGCGAUGACAAUUCAACAUCAGACACCUUUGUGUCACUGGCGGCUGGCCGAUCGCGGCGCGAGAAGAAAGACAAGGGAGGCAAGCUAGCCGCCCUGGCACGACUGCGUGAGGUGAAGCAGAAAGGAGGCAAGAACAAAUAUGAAAAAGAGGAAGAAGCAGGCAUUUACGAGGAGGUGGAUGAGGACGAGUACUCGGAUAUUGUCAGAAAACGCCAGGAAGAGGACUGGAUUGUCGAUGAUGAUGGUAGUGGAUACGUUGAAGAUGGGCGAGAGAUUUUUGAUGAGGAUCUAGAUGAUGACCAGUUUGCCAAGCCCGACAAAAAGAAAGAUGAUAAGAAGAAAAGGAAUCCAAACAUUGUGCGACCUGGGACAAAGCCGAAAGCCAAUAUCAAGUCCAUGUUUGCAGCACAGGCUGCUACGGGGAAGCGGAAACCGGAGAGAGACGCUAGUGUGAGGGGAGAUGAGCUACUAGGUGACAUCAUGAGUGAGCUACACAGUGGCCCCUCCCAGGGGGAUCUUGCUCCUCCACCCCCAGUGAAACUUACUAAGAAACGCCCCACCCCGGCCCCAGCAAGGGCCCCCCACAUGCCAUUUAGCACUGGCAGGCCCUCCCUGCCUCCAACCAUGAGGACUGCACCCACAAAGGGUUUACCGAAGCCUGUGAUCAAAACUGAGCCUAUCGAGGAGGAAUGCAGCCCAAUGAUUGAGGAGUUUGACAGUCAAGAUGAAAAGGAAAACAUGCUGGCAAAUGUGAAACAGGAGACAGACAUGGAGCUUGGUGACAUUGACUUUGAUGACGAGGUGGAGGAUGUGAAGCCUGUCGUGAAGGCAGAGAGGCAAGAGAUAAAAAAAGAGGUCAAGGUUGAACCCCUUACCGCCAUCAAGGUCAAGAACGAGAAAGCAAUGAACUUUGAAACAAUCAGCACUGGAUGGGCGAGUUCGGGCGGCCAAUCAGAACCUUCAAUAGAUGUGCAGGUUGACACAUCUCAAAUCCCAUUGGUCACCAACGAGUCAGGUGACCAGGUGCUUAGAUUCUAUUGGUUGGAUGCAUUUGAAGACCAAUACAAACAUCCAGGUGUAGUGUACCUGUUUGGUAAAGUGUGGGUUGAGACCGCCCAAGUCCACGUAAGCUGUUGUGUGACUGUCCGUAAUAUCGAGAGGCAACUCUUUAUGCUUCCAAGGCCAACAAAAAUGUGCCUGAAGACAAACACAGACACUGGAUUUGAGGUUACUUUAAUGGAGGUGUAUUCGGAGUUCAGUGAGAAGGUUGUUGAGAAAUACAAGAUAGGCAAGUUCAAAACAAGGAAAAUCAGCAAGAACUAUGCAUUUGAGAUUGUUGAUGUACCUGCUGAGAGCGAUUACCUUGAAAUACGAUAUGAUGCUGAUGGACCCACGCUGCCCUCUGAUUUGAAGGGAGAAACAUUCAGUCGUGUGUUUGGAACAAACACUUCAAGCCUGGAGAGACUGUUGAUAGACAGGAGGAUGAAGGGACCAGGCUGGAUAGAUAUCAAGUGCCCUCAAAUAACAAAUCCUCCAAUAAGCUGGUGCAAACUUGAGGUGUCAGUUAAUGGGCCGGACUGUGUUACUGUGUGUUCAGAGCAGAAUCUUGCCCCACCCCCUCUGGUUGCUAUGACGCUCAACUUUCGAACACUCCCAAACUCCAAGACACACCAGAAUGAGAUUAUUGGAGCUGCUUGCUUGAUCAACUCUGACUUCCAUAUGGACAAACCAACUCCAGAACAGACCUUUGAUCAGCAUUUCUGUGUGAUCAGUAAGCCGAAUGAUUGCAUCUUUCCCUGGGACUUCAAUGAUAAAGUACAGAAGGAGAGCAAGCGUAUGAAGGUUGAAGUUUUGCCCACGGAGCGAGCUCUGCUGGGGUUCUUACUGGCCAAGAUACACAAGAUUGACCCGGACAUUAUUGUGGGCCAUGACAUCUACGGCUAUGAUCUUGACAUUUUGCUGCACCGAAUCAACUCCAACAAGAUUCCUCACUGGUCCAAGAUUGGUCGCCUAAAGAGAACUGUCAUGCCCAAACUAGCUAGUCACCCUGGCCGCGGUGCCUCCCACUCAGAGAAGUCGGCGACAUGCGGGCGUAUCGUGUGUGACUUGAAGAUCUCGGCGAAGGAGUUGGUGAGACUGAAGAGUUUCGACCUCACCGAGCUCGCCCUACAGAUACUGAAGCAGAAACGAGUGGAGCUGGACUUUGACCAGAUCAGGAACAUGUACAAUUCCUCCCAGCAUCUGCUGCAACUGAUAGAGCUAACAUUGAUGGAUUCCUCACAUAUUCUCAACAUGAUGUAUGAGCUGAAUGUCAUCCCCCUUGCCCUUCAGAUAACAACCAUCUGUGGCAAUGUCAUGAGUCGCACAUUGAUGGGAGGGAGAGCGGAGAGGAAUGAGUUCCUGCUGCUUCACGCCUUCUCAGAGAAAGAUUUCAUUGUGCCCGACAAGGAGUACAAGAAGAAAAUAUCUGCUCCCAUGGCUGAUGAUGAUGACGAUGUUGACACCAGCAAGUCCAAGACUGCCCAGGGUCGACGAAAACCUGCAUAUGCCGGUGGUCUUGUGUUAGAACCAAAAAAAGGUUUCUACGACAAGUUUAUCCUGCUGCUGGACUUUAACAGCCUGUAUCCGUCCAUCAUCCAGGAAUACAAUAUCUGCUUUACAACCAUAGCCAGAACCGAACCUUCACAAACCAAGGAUAGUGAAGAAGACUUGUUAAACAUAGAAUUGCCCAGCCCGGACUUGAAGCCCGGGAUCUUGCCGACGGAGAUUCGUAAACUUGUGGAGAGUCGUCGACAGGUGAAGAACCUCAUGAAACAGGACGGCCUGUCUCCAGAACAGAUGAUGCAGUAUGACAUACGACAGAAGGCACUGAAGCUUACAGCCAACAGUAUGUACGGAUGCCUGGGCUUCACCUUCUCGAGGUUUUACGCCAAACCCCUGGCUGCUCUCAUCACCAUGAAAGGAAGAGAGAUCCUGAUGCAAACUAAGGACUUGGUUCAAGCUAUGAACCUGGAUGUGAUAUACGGAGACACAGACUCUAUCAUGGUGAACUCUAACUGUACAGAUGUAGACCAGGUCACAAAGCUCGGAAAUAAGAUCAAGGCUGAGGUAAACAAGCUGUACAAGCUACUGGAGAUAGACAUUGAUGGCAUCUACAAGAGCAUGCUGCUGUUGAAGAAGAAGAAAUACGCCGCCCUCAGUGUGCACAAGGGGCCAGAUGGGAAAUACACGACUCAGGAGGAGAAAAAAGGGCUGGAUAUCGUGAGACGUGAUUGGUCCGGGCUCGCUAAGGAGGUUGGAGAUUACGUGGUGUCAACAAUCCUGAGUGGUGAGAAUCGUGAAGUUGUGGUAGAGAAGAUCCACGCCCGGCUGAAUGAGGUCGGGGAGGAGGUGAAGGAAGAUAGAAUACCCAUGGAACAAUACCUCAUUACAAAGCAAUUGACCAAGAAUCCAGAAGACUACCCGGACAAGAAGUCUCUACCGCACGUGCAGGUGGCCAUGAGGCUGAACAGUAAGGGAGGGAAGAGGAUCAAGGGAGGCGAUACUGUGGCUUACAUCGUCUGCGAGGAUGGGUCGAACCUCCCAGCUUCCCAGAGGGCCUACCACCCAGAUGAGCUUGCCAAAAGUGAAUCGCUCAAGAAAGAUGUGAAGUACUACCUCGCCCACCAGAUACAUCCCGUUGUGUCCCGACUGUGUGACCCCAUCGAGGGAACCGACGCUUCCCACAUUGCUGAAUGUCUUGGUCUGGACCCAUCAGGUUAUCGGCACGCAUCUAAUGUACGUGAGGAGAACGAGGAUGAUGACCUUCUGGGUGGGGUCAAGGUCACGGACGAGGAGAAAUACAAGGACUGUGAGAGGUUAAAGGUCAUAUGCCCCUCACCUAACUGCAAGAGGGAAAUCUUGCUAGAUGGGCCCUUCACAGGAGCGGAUGUGUACAUUGAGGCCUCCCUGGGAAAGUGCCGGAACGAGAAGUGCUCAACACUGGUGGCCAACAACUACAGUGUGAUUGGGAACCAGCUAACUGUAGCUAUCAGGAACCACAUCAGGAAAUACUAUCAGGGCAUGUUGAAGUGUGAGGACACUGCCUGCAGCGCUCGGAUGAGGAAACUUCCCCUUGUGUUCCAGAGGGGCCACCCGAUUUGUCCGGCAUGUAAUAGGGGCAUUCUUCAUCCGGAAUACACGGACAGUAUGCUGUACACCCAGAUGUGUUUCUACCAGUAUGUGUUCGACAUUGACAGAGCUGUUGCACAUACCACAGACAAGAAAGAAAAAGAGAAAGUCCUCCAAGUGAGCAAAGAGCCAGAGAUUAGGGAAGCGUACGCUCACCUGAGGCAUAUUGCUGAGAACUGGCUCAAGCGUAGCGAAUACUCCGAGGUCAACCUUGAUAAACUUUUUGAGGGUCUUUUCCACUUGAAGGGAUGACACGUGAAGUUUAUUGUAACAGUGUAGUUUAAAACUAUUAAAGUGAUAGAAAGUUAUGAAAUUUAGCUAUUAAGCUACCCCGUCUGUGUAGUACUGUAAGGAUUACAGCGGAAAUAAAAAAAAGUUAAUGAAAUAAUGCUAGCUUAUUUUUGGCAGUGUUUCAGAAAAAUAGUUUAGUGGAACAGCUCAAUACAAAAUAAAUUUAUUUAUAUAUAGCAUACCCAGUAAAAUACAUCUAUGCAUUUUGUGAUAAAUUCUAAAGUCCUGAUUUACUAUGAAUAAGCUUUUGUUCAAAAUUUGCCCCAUUCAUUAAGGAUAUAAAUGUUUGAAGUCCGAAAGUUAUAUAAAUAUGAAACAUGCAGUGUAUGUUGACUUGUAGGGAAAGAAAAGUUGUGUUAUUGUAAUGAAAAAUGUACUAGGUAUUUCUCCAGCAAUUAAAAUAUGAAUGACAAACAUUAUGUGUGUAGAAGUGGCAUGAUUAAACAUAAAUUAUAAUAUUUAAAUAGAAUUGAAUUAUUUUUUGUAUGUUUAUGUAUUUAUUAACUAGUGAACAUUUUUACUACAUAUUCAAGAACAGUUUUGUUUGUAUUUUGUUGUUUAUUUUUCCCACAAUUCAUAAUGAUAUACAAUAUUUACAAUAGCAUUUCACUGCCAUUCACUAGAAUAUA